AUGUUAGCUUCGUCACGGUCCCUGCCUCCUUCGUACAGCAUUACGAAUCAGCAGCAGCAUGGUAACGAACCAACAGAAGAAAGUCCGUUUAGAUACGACUCUCCUUUCGAGGGUCCUUUUAGAGAAGAAUUAAUUGCCGAGAUAUACAAGGGCCGAGAUCUACUGGUAUACUAUGAGUAUAUCUUACUCGGUACAUUCCUACUAAUAGUUGUUGCCCACUGGACCAAUAAAUUACUGUGGUAUAUUCGUAACAAGCAGAGGAAUCCGGGCUUACCAAUUUACAACAGAAAUGAAAAUUCGACCGAGGAAUCUCUCAUAUCUGAGGAUACUGGAGCAAGCUCCUCAGAAACCGAUCCAUUAUUAGGUAAUAGACAACAUUCGAUGUUUAAGAGAAUAUACUACAGAACAAUGGCCUUUUUUAUGUUUCAACCCGAAGGUAAAGGAAUGGAAAAUUACGGCGUCACCAUGAUGCUUAUUGUUUAUGAGCUUAUGACCAUCUUCUUUGCACUUUAUCAGAUCAGAUUCUGGAUCAUACUUGCAUUCCGUCUUGGGUUGCUAGCUACUAUCAAUAUCCCAUUGAUGUAUGUCCUUGGAGCAAAACAUAGCCCAUUGUCUUACCUUACAGGAUGGUCUUACGAGCAGGUAAACGUGUUCCAUAGACUUUGUGGAGCAAUCUGCUUUUUCUUGGUGAUUCCCCAUCUGAUAAUUUUUGCUUGUUAUUUUAGAUUCGACUAUUUAUUGACCCAUCUAUGGUCAGUUGCAGGAAUAAUUGCAGGAAUUGCGUUCAUAGCAAUCGGCUUCUCAUCCAGUCUCAAAUUUCGAGAAUCUUUCUAUGAACUGUUUUAUGUUGUUCAUAUUGUUGGAUUUUUGGUAUCAAUUCCGGCUGUCUAUUUACACUAUCCUACUGCGCGUCCGUACGCUGUGGCUGCAGGACUGUCUGUGCUGUACGAUAGGUUAACUAGGUUGCUGCUAGAUUAUCGAAUUAUGAAGUGCAUCAUACGACCGGCUAGUGGUGAAACAGUUAUAAUGGACAUUCCGUUUUCUCCUGGUCCAAAAGACGGUACUGGUGGGUUUUUUGGUCGCCCGUUUGCUUGGACCACUGGCCAACAUAUCUAUAUUACAGUCAUUGGAUGUGGAACCUUUGAGUCUCAUCCUUAUACAAUAGCUUCGACAAUGAAAUGUUCGAAGUAUUUACGAUUAAUUAUCAGAGCUCGUGAUGGCUUCUCACGACGCUUAUUAGAGUUGGCAGAGUCGAAACAUGGGUUAGACGAGAAUGAGCCAGUCCAACAAUGGUGUAUACUACAUGGACCAUAUGGGGUUCAUCCACCAGAGAUGCCGAGUAGUGCUUCACCUCCACGGAACAACACCAAGCUCAUUCUUGUUGCAGGUGGAGCUGGCGUGGCCUUCACAUACCCACUCUACCAAGAAUAUCAUCUGGCAAACAAGCUGCUGGAAUCUCAAACUAAACUAGUGGGACAAAGUUCACCCAGUAAGUUUGAUAUCAACUUUCUAUGGGUGCUACCACAUAGCUCCUUCUCAGAGUGGCUGGUUGAACAUGGAGAAACAGUUGUCGACACAACGAAAAUGGACAUUUGGGCCACUAGAGAGAAGGGUCGGCCAGACAUUAAUCAGCUCAUAUUGGGUUAUAUUAGCAAAGCCAAUGGCGUGUCAAGCUCUGAGGACCACUGCUGGGUAGCGGCAUGUGGACCUGAUCCGCUCUUACGAGAAGUGCGCAAUGCUGUUGCUAAUCUAAGAGGUCAAGGUAUGUCCAACGUCCAUUAUUAUGCCGAAAGGUUUGGAUGGUAG